GCGCACCCCCACUCCCGCUCCAAGGAGGCGCUGUGCGGGCCCGUGACGACUAGCUAGUAGCCAUUGUUGCUCAUCCAACUACCGGUGCAUUAGAAAGGAGUCCGCACCGAAAACUAUCCAGUUGGACGCUGUAUAUACGCUCUUCCAACAUUUGUUUCGGGGCUGGUUCGACUCACACCCAGGAUGUCAUUCCCCCCUCACUUAAACCGGCCACUGUUGCCCCCUCCUGGGUUACCACCUCAGUAUCAUGGCUUUCCUCCAGGAGCUCCAAUGAUCCCAGUUCACAUGGGCCUCAUGACUUCUACCCCUGUAAUGGUGUCGUCUCUGCCUGUGGUCAGUAAACCUCCUGUCCAUAGAAUCCUCCGACUCAAAGACGAAGACUGUGGCCCCACCACCACAGUGUUUGUGGGUAACAUAUCCGAAAAAGCGUCGGACAUGCUGAUCCGACAGCUGCUGGCGAAAUGUGGAAUAGUCUUGAGCUGGAAAAGAGUCCAGGGAGCCUCAGGCAAGCUCCAAGCUUUUGGGUUUUGUGAGUACAAGGAGCCGGAGUCCACAUUGCGAGCCCUGAGGCUCCUUCAUGAACUGCACAUCGGUGACAAAAACCUUCUUGUGAAGGUGGACGCCAAGACGGGAGCACAGUUAGAAGAGUGGAAGGCCAAGAAGAAGAGCACUAAUGGGACAGUGAAUGCAGACUUUGGAGACGACAAAGAUGAGGUUCUGGAUGAGGAGACCCAGAAGAAGGAUCAGCUUGUCAAAGGUGCUAUUGAUGGAUUAAUGCGCGAGUAUGCUGACGAGCUCAACGCGCCCUCACAGGAUGAAGAGUCACAGCGACGAAAGAGAAGAAAAGACAAAAAAGAAGAGGAUGACUUGAACACUAUUGAUAUGGAGGAUGACAAGAGAGACCUGAUUUCCAGAGAGAUUAGUAAAUUUCGUGACACCCACAAGAAACUGGAAGAGGAGAAGGACAAGCGAGAGAAGGAGCGGCUGGAGAUUGAGCGGCAGAGGAAGGAGCGGGAAAAGGAGCACGAGCGGGAAAGAGAGCGGCGGGACCGCGAGCGUGAGAAGGAGCGUGAGAGGGAGCGAGAGAGAGAGAGGGAGAGAGAGAAGGAGCGUGAGCGUGAGCGGGACCGGGGCCGAGAUAAAGACCGCGAGCGCAGGACCAGAGAACGAGAGAGAGAAUGGGAGAGGGGCCUAAGCCGAGACAGGACUGUUGUUCGCAGCCGGUCCAGGGAGAAGAGCCGAGAUCGAGAGCGAGAAAAGAAGCGAGAGCACGAGGAUGAAGAGGACGUGCACGAACGCAGGAGACUGGAGAGGAAGCUGCGAGACAAAGAAGCAGCCUAUCAGGAGCGCCUUAAAAACUGGGAGCUCAGGGAGAGGAAAAAAGCGCGCGACUACGGCAAAGAUGCUGAGAGGGAAGACGAGCGCAGACGAGAGAUGGUGAAGGAAGGCAAGCGACUGAAAGAGUUCUUGGAGGACUACGACGACGACCGCGAUGACCCAAAAUAUUACAGGGGCAGUGCACUGCAGAAACGCCUCCGCGACCGAGAGAAGGAGGUGGAGGCGGAUGAGCGUGACAGGAAGAGAGAGAAGGAGGAGCUGGAGGAGAUCAGACAGCGGCUGCUCGACGAGGGACAUCCAGAUCCAGACGCAGAACUACGCAGGAUGGAAGAGGAAGAGGAGGAGCGUCUGAGACGACCCCCUGUGGUCCAGGAGCCUGAACCUGAGCCUGAGGAGCCACGGGAGCGCCACAGGGCCUCACGGGACCACAGGGACCAGCGGGACCACAGAGACCAGAGGGACCACAGAGAGGACCGAGACAGACCCGAGGCUCGCCUGGGCCCUGCCCGUUCUGAGGACGAGGUGGAGGAAGGCGAGGAUGAGGAUUACGACAAUGAGGAGGACAACCCCGAGGUGAAACCCUGCCUCAAGCCCACCAUGAGGCCCAUCACGGCGGCGCCCUCUGUGUCGUCGGGCAGUGGCAACGUGUCCCCCAACACGCCGGGCAACGAGUCGCCGUGCGGCAUCAUCAUCCCUCACGAGAACUCUCCUCCUGACGCUCUACCGCAGGACGAGAACAGACCCAAAAUCGGCCUGAGCCUCAAACUGGCCGCCACAGGAAGUCCAGGGCAAACCAACGCAGGCAAGAGGAAGAAGUUGCCCGUGGACAGCGUCUUCGACAAGUUCGACGAGGAGGAAACGGAGGAACAGCCACGCAAAAGAAAGCUGGUGCCUCUGGACUACGACGACGACAAGAGCCUGGGGGUGGACGGCGCCGGCCUGGCAGCGGUCAAAGGGCCCAACUCUGAAGAGAAGCGCAAACACAUCAAGAGCCUGAUCGAGAAGAUUCCUACCGCCAAGCCUGACCUGUUCUUGUACCCGCUGGAUUGGUCCAUGGUGGACUCGACCUUAAUGGAACGACGAGUUCGACCCUGGAUCAACAAGAAGAUCAUCGAGUACAUUGGAGAGGAGGAAGCAACGCUCGUGGACUUUGUCUGCUCCAAGGUGAUGGCUCACAGCACACCUCAAGGCAUCUUGGAUGAUGUUGCAAUGGUCCUGGAUGAAGAGGCUGAGGUGUUCAUUGUGAAGAUGUGGAGAUUACUCAUCUAUGAAACUGAGGCCAAAAAGAUUGGUUUGGUCAAAUAAGUCAGAACUUAGUUUUAUCAUUCCCCAAACAAAGCAACUUGUCCUUACCUGCUGCUGACAUUGUCUCUUCUUUGUAAAUAAGCUCACUAUUUUGAUCCAAUCAUUUGGAAGGAAACAGCUCAUUUACAUGCAGGACCAAAUAUGUUCUGUCUGCUUGGGUAAGUGUUGCUGCUGUUCUAAUGGAAGUAGCAGACCUGAAACAUCCCUGCAGCUAAAGCACACAUUUAUCAUAAAAGACGUAACGUUAAUGUAUAAGACUCCAUCUUUUGUAUUGUGUAAACAUUUGAAUAAAACUGAGCUUGUUUUGUA